UCUGUCCGUGUGUGUGUGUGGGGGGUGACUCUGACAGAUACGCUCGAGAAGUACGGGGCUCUGGUGUUGGCCUUGGAGCACCGCUUCUACGGAGCCAGCAUCAACCCCGACGGGCUGCAGGAUCAAAACCUCUUGUUCCUCUCCAGCCAGCAAGCGUUGUCCGACUUGGCCUCCUUCCACUGGUAUGUCACCCAGAAGUACGAGCUGACACCGAACAACACCUGGAUUUGUUUUGGGGGUUCCUAUCCCGGCUCACUCUCAGCCUGGUUCAGACUCAAGUUUCCUCAUCUGGUGUUUGCUGCGGUCUCCUCUUCAGCCCCCGUUAGAGCCCAGCUGGACUUCAAGGGCUAUAACCAGGUUGUCGCUGAAAGCUUGUCGAAUCCAGUGGUCGGUGGUUCCCAAAAGUGCCGGGCCGCAGUGGCAGAGGCCUUCUCCGCCGUGGACAGCCUGAUCCACGCUGGGCAGCUGGAGAAACUAGCGGGGGACUUCCGCUCCUGCAAGCCUCUGAACGGGACCGCCGACCUCGUCGACAUGGUCAGCAGCCUUGCCGACAUCUUCAUGGGCGCCGUGCAGUACAACGACGAAGGGGUCCAGGGGAGCAGCGUGGCCGGUCUGUGUAAGCUCAUGACCAACCAGAGUGGCUCUCCCUACCAGAAGCUGAUGGUGAUCAACAAGAUGUUCCUGGACAGCUUUGGAAUGAAGUGUCUAGACAGUUGUCAUGAGGACUCCUUGAAGGAACUGCGCGAUACGAACUCCACCAUGUCGGGUGUCGGCGUGAGGCAAUGGAUCUUCCAGACAUGCACCGAGUUCGGUUAUUACCAGACGUGUGAGGACUCCACCUGCAUCUUCUCCCGCCUCAUGAGUCUCCUGCCCGAGCUAGACACCUGCCAGGAGAUCUUCAACGUCUCCCGAGAGAGGGUCCAGGAGGCCGUGACUUUCACCAACGAAUACUAUGGGGCCGACCACCCCAAAGCCAGCCGGGUCCUUUUCGUCAACGGUGACAUCGACCCCUGGCACGCGCUGAGCGUCCUUAAGAACCAGUCCCGCUCCGAACUGGCCCUGCUGAUCAACGGCACGUCCCACUGCGCCAACAUGAUGUCUUCUAGCCCCACGGAUCCGUUGCCCCUUGUCCAGGCCAGGAAGCGGAUCAGCGCCCAGGUUGGUGAAUGGCUGGAAUUAGCACGAAAGACCACCGGAGAGCUCUGAGCGGCCAGGUGGGAGAAGGCCUUUGACCCAUCUGUACUACCAGAGUCUGCCUCUGGAGGAAUUCUGCUUGGACAUUCCCCGCCCGAGGGAGCAUUUCUGCGUCUUCCUGUGCCUCCGUCCUGGAGGCUGUACUUUUUUAUUUUAUUUUUUUUUAAAAAAAACACUUUCA